CCGACGAGCCCCAGGUGUUAAUCUCCUGUGUCUCGAAGCUUUGCUUCUCUUCCAAAAAAUCAGUGCACCCCGCUCUCCUUAAAAAAAAAAAAAAAGAACUACUCUGAACACCACUUGCGCAGAUUAGCAUUUAGCAUCGGUCAUAGUUAAACGGUUUCGAAAUCGUAGCUUGUAUGUCCUUGUCUUCAGUUAAAAGCUUGGCACUGACAUACGAACGAAAAAGGAGCCACUGACACUUCUCACAACCGGCGCAUUUUAGCCUCCUCUCUGAUUUUCAGUUAGAUCACUCUCCUCUUGUGGCACAUUUUCGAUUUCUUUCGUGCUGAUGAUACUCUGAAACGGUGGUGUAUCCGAACCUCUGUUGAAACAACUGCGUCAGUGUUGUGGUAGUAAGUUUCAUUGUUUAGUGUGCUGAGAUAUAAAAUGUUGGCUUCCGACUUUUUUAUAACUUCAAAAGAUAAUUCAACUCGAAACAAUGUGCGUGGGCGUCAUGGGGAUGCUUCUUGGAUGUAUAAGCGUGCAUCCUCAAAGGACUAUUUCGAUGGCAAUGAGAAAGAUGAAAGCUCAAUACGGAUGCCCAACAGUGUAGGAAACCCUUCUUGGAGCCGGUGUUUGCCACAUAUACUUGUGGCAAUCAUUUCUUCAUUAUUAUUUGGCUACCACCUCGGAGUAGUUAAUGAGACAUUAGAAAGCAUCUCUUUAGACCUUGGCUUUAGUGGGAGUACCAUGGCUGAAGGUCUGGUGGUUAGUACAUGUUUAGGGGGUGCCUUAGUUGGAUCUAUGUUCAGUGGUUGGAUUGCAGAUGGGGUUGGACGCCGCAGGGCUUUCCAGCUAUGUGCUUUACCCAUGAUAAUUGGGGCUUCAAUGAGUGCUAUAGCGAAGAACCUCUGGGGUAUGCUUCUGGGAAGGUUGUUUGUUGGAACUGGAAUGGGUAUUGGCCCACCUGUUGCAGCUCUCUAUGUGGCAGAGGUUUCACCAUCUUAUGUAAGGGGUGCUUUUGGGAGUUCCACUCAGAUUGCAACAUGUCUUGGAAUUCUAGGGGCACUAUUUAUUGGACUCCCUGCCAAGGAAGUUGUGGGUUGGUGGCGCAUUUGUUUCUGGGUAUCUACUAUUCCUGCUGCAGUACUUGCUCUCUCUAUGGAGUUUUGUGCAGAAAGUCCUCAUUGGCUUUUCAAGAAGGGAAGAGGGGCUGAAGCCGAGGCUGAAUUUGAGAAGCUUUUAGGAGGAUUACAUGUAAAGCACUCUAUGGCUGAACUUUCAAAGUCAGAUAGAGGGGGUGAGGCAGACGUGGUGAAGUUCUCGGAGUUGAUCUCUGGCCGCCAUUUUCGAGUGGUUUUCAUUGGGUCUGCCAUUUUUGCUUUACAACAGCUCUCUGGCAUAAAUGCUGUAUUCUACUUUUCGUCAACUGUCUUUAAAAAUGCUGGUGUACCUUCAGACUUUGCAAACAUAUGUGUGGGAAUUGCAAAUUUAUCAGCAUCAAUUAUUGCGACGAUGUUAAUGGACAAGCUUGGAAGAAAGGUUCUUCUACUGGGAAGUUUUUUGGGCAUGGCAGUAGCAAUGGGUCUUCAAGUAAUUGCCGCAACUUCUUUUGUUUCAAGCUCUAGAGCAUUGUAUCUUUCUGUUGGAGGCAUGCUAAUGUUUGUCUUCACAUUUUCCCUUGGUGCUGGUCCUGUUCCUAGUCUCCUGCUAUCAGAAAUAUUUCCCAGUCAAAUCAGAGCAAAGGCAAUGGCAGUUUGCAUGGUCGUGCAUUGGGUGAUAAAUUUUUUUGUUGGCCUGUUGUUUUUGCAAUUACUGGAGCAACUAGGGCCAGUAAUCCUCUAUACGAUAUUUGGUUUCUUUUGCUUAUUAGCUGUUAUUUUUGUAAAGAAGAAUGUGAUGGAAACCAAAGGAAAAUCACUCCAAGAGAUUGAGAUUGCACUUCUUGCUCCAGCAUAGAGAGAGGCUUGUAAGUCUUCAGUACAUGAUGGACGAUUCAAUAAAACUAUAGCUUGAAGGCAUAUGUACAUUCCUAGAGAGUCCUUUUCUAUUAUCCUUUUUUUUUUCCUUUCAACUCAUUGGGGGUGUGUGUGUGUGUGUUUUCAUUUAAAAAUGUUAAUAUAGUAUAUAGGACAAAAUGAAAGACUUUAUUCACCCUGAGCAUUUAUUUUCAAGACCUACAUUUUAAAAUACUAGGUUUACAUAAUCUUUUAAUUGGGAGGAACUUUCUAUAUAAGGAUGAGAAUUCCCUCAUUUUUUUAUUUUUUUCCAAUUAUUAACUGAAAUAAAAAUAAUGCUUUUAUUUUA